AAUUUGACGUUUGUUCAAUGUGGCGAACUUCGCAUGGUUCUCGCUUCUCGAUAUUUCCUAUUAAUUCUAGAAAUUGUCGUGCGGCAGGUGAUUCAUUUCAUUGAAUAAAAGCGUUGUGAUCUGUGUUUAUCGUCAGUGUUGAAAUAGACGUGAAUCGAAUAAGAUAUUGUUGAUUGAAGUGAGAUUGAACGCGCGUGUGUGAUAGCAAAUUUGGCCAAAAUGAGUUCUAAUCAUCCCAAUGGAAUUACAUUUCCUAGUCCCGCUGCUAGUCAAGCAAGUGGGAUGGUGCCGGCGCCUGCAAUGCUGACUUAUCCAUCUGAUAACCACGAAGCUGCAGGUGGUGUCUUAAGUUCUAGCAAUCUUCAAAGUGAUACAUUAAGCCAACAGGAUACGAGUUCACGAAGCUCUGUGCACAACAAACGACCACCACGGAACUUACAGGGUCUGCUGAAGUUUGCUAUGGAGGCCACACAAGCUGAAGAUGCUCCCGGAAACAAAGAUCUAGCGCCAAUGAAUGAAGAGAGGCGUAAAUUCCUCGAGGAAGCUAUAAGGAGUUUGACAGUGAACAUAGCAGAUGUGCUGGACAAUGCCGUCAAAGUCCUAACGAACUCGGAGAAGAUUAACAGCAUAAACGAGCAUGACUCCUUACCUGAUGAGGUGAAGAACUCGUUCACAGUGUUGCUGGACCAUGUUGAUGAUCUGGAUGUGGCUAAUGAUUUUUUCAAAAUGGGAGGAUUUGCAAUGUUCCCCAUUUGCUACAGCAGCCAGAAUGAAGAAUUGAGGACUCGUGCGAGUUCCGUCCUGGGCACAAUUUGCCAGAACAAUGAGUUCUGUCAGAAGAGGGCGCUGGAGUGCGGACUCCUGCAUGUACUGCUCAAUCUGGUGCAGAAGGAGCAAGGAGCUGCACUUGCUAAAUGCUUAUAUGCUAUUUCAUGUAUCUCUCGCGGUUACGAGCCUGCCUGCCACGAGCUGAUCACGCAGGGAGGGUGCCCUGUACUCGUGGAACUGCUCAGCUCCUCCGACUUAGCUGCCAAGACUAAGGCGGCAUUCCUCAUCAGAUACUUCGGACAGUACUACGCUGAUGCCAGACGGCAACUAAUAAGAUACAACAUCGUAAAAGUCAUCACAUCACAACUACAAACUGGACGUGAUGACAGCUCGGAGCACCUGCUCAGCAUACUCCAAGUCCUUAUCAGCUCUAAGGACCCCAACACUUUACGACUCUGCAGGGACGCUAAGUACAACCUGAAGAAGAUUCUAGAAGACUAUCUGAACUUACCAGAACUGGCAGAUGAUAGGUUUAUGGAAGAAAAACAGUAUUGUACGGAAAUAUUAGCCACUGUCUUUGGAAACCGAUCUCCAGUUGAGGAGCCAGCCAGAUAAGUAGUUCGCAUUCUUAAAUCGUUCGUCAUCAUCAUACGUUGCCCAAAGACCUUCCUUUUGAUGGAAAGUUUCAAUAAAUCUAUAUCAUAUCUGUGGAUUCGAUUAAGAGAUAGAAUUUUCACAUGCGCUCAGUUAGCGCAGUGGCUGGCUGCUGUGCGAUGUACCGUAAGUUCGUUUGUUGCACGUAACAAUUCUUUGUGUGAUCAACCAAAGGUUGUUCCGGGUCUGAGGAUAUGUUUGUAAAUGCACCCAUGACAAAGAAAAAAAACUUUGUGUGUGGUAACAUUAGAAACAGCGCUUCGCAUCAAGCUUCCUUGUGCGUACUGCUAAGGAGAGAAUCUUUGCCAGAGUUUGUAUGUCCUGAAGGGUUAUAACCUGGGUGUCUUCAAGGCCCGAGUGAAUAGGUUGCUUAUGGGACGACGUGCUCCAUCGUAGACCGCAUAGA